AUGUUUGAUCUACCAAAUGCGAAGCGCAUCCGGCGCGAUGAAAUGCAAUCUCCAGUGUCAUCCCGCGAACCGUCACCCGCACCAGACGAUGCUGAGGCACAAGAUGCGCGAGCCCGCCUGGGAAAACUACUCAAUCUCGAUGAAUUGAUUGCUGUGCAAGAUACAGCUACACAGGAUAACGACCCUGUACAGCCGGAGGACGACGAGGAGGAACAAGAAUUCGAAUUCCGACUGUUCAGUGCCCCCACAAAAUCGACAGAAAAUGUGGCCGAGAAGGACACCGAAGCCAAUUCAACGGGAAAAUCAAAAAAGGCAGGCGCAGAACCUGAAGACCAGGCCUCCACAGUCACACAAAAGUUGCGCAUUCGAUUGCGGUCACCCUCACCGGGAGCGGGAGUCUCUGAGGGACGAUUUUUGAAAGCUUCCCGCGACUGGAACUAUUACUUCUCCACGCCUACCCUGCUUGGUAGACGCGAUAUAGAAAUUUCAUCUGAAGAUGAGGAUGCCAUCACCGAGAAGAAGCAGCAAUUCGAGAAUAUGGCCGUCACAGGAGAGCACAUGCUAACAUGGGCCCAGUCACAAGCCUGGCCUGGCUGUCAUCUCCCCUGGCGAGUGAUCCAUCUAAAACGCCAUCAGACGAAAUUGCCACGACCGGCUGGUAGCGCUCCGGUAUAUGUAAUUGAAGGUGCACCUAUCUCAAAAAGCCCACUCACCCGCAAGAAGCCUGGCAAGAAGCGUCGAGUUCAAUUGCGCAAGCGUGUUGUUGCUGCACAGGUUGCUAAAGAGUCGGAAGCCGAGAAGCGAAACCGGAAGAACCACGCGAGGAAGAUUAAGCGCCGACAGAAAGCCAGAGAGGAAAAGGCCGCCGCGGCCGGUAUCGCUGUUACGGACGUUGGGGCCGAGGAUGUCUCCAUGGCUGAUGCAGACGAAGGUGAGGAAAAUUGA